AUGACGGCUUCAUCCCGACACAUGGCAUGUCGAACUUGCCGGGAUCGCAAAGUCCGCUGUGACGGAGGGCAGCCAUCAUGCGAGACGUGCAAGCGGCAUGGGGAGACAUGUGUCUACGUGCAGUCCACCAGGCAGUCAAAGAACGAUCUACUCGCCAAAAUUGAUGACUUACAAGAUCGUCUGGCCCGAGCGGAGGAAAGGCUGAAUUGUUCGUCAUCAUCAUUGAUCUGCCCUUCCGCGUCCCACGGCUAUGGGAUACCUUUCCAUCUUCCCACCGCUUCCUUGUUUUCCAUCGAGGCUUCCCCGCCGCCUUUCUCGCACUUGAGUGGAUCCCAACCGGCUCUAUUGUCACUGGAGGCACCCCUGAGAGAUGAAUCAAGCGGCGAUAUGGCGACAAAGAUUCCUGGUCCCGAGGAUUUGGCGGGCGUGUUGAGUCCCUUCGCGAGUCUCUUGGGGGGCCCGAGUACUACUACUACUACUGCUACUACUGCUACUACUACUGCUACUACUACUACUACUACUACUACAGAGGAGGAGAUGCACCUACAAUCGUUGCCCUCGUCCCUGUCCUCUCCACCCCCUUUACUAGACGAGCAGGACUUGUCUGCUCCCACCGGAAGGGGGUCGAUCAAUAAUGAUCCAGCACUACCGGAGGUCCGUCCGCCCAGUCCCCGUCUGCCCACCCUUCGCACUAUUCGUGCUUUGAAUGGAGAUCACCAGUGGCAGCAGCAGCUACAGGACCCGCCUCAGCGGAACGAUGAGUGCACGGUUCUCCGUGAGCUCAUCCGGUUUGUGUCUGCAACCUCCGCCAACGAGGCAUAUAUUGCGGGGAUCACCACCGCCGUGGCCGAGUAUCUGGUGUGGGCUCGGCGGAUGACCCUGGAUAUCAACCAAACCUUUCAAAUUCUGGACAUCCUGGUAGCCCGGUUACAGGAGACAGCCAACCUCGCCAAUACCGCACGCUGGGUGGAAUUCCGAAAUCUCCAGGCCGCCUUGGGGGAAACGGGUGCAUGGAAAUUGAAGUUGGGGGUGCUAGAGCAUGAGCUGCAGGCGGCAGAAGCUGAUAUCUCCACCUUUUUCAGUACCCAGUAUGAUAUUCAUCUCGAGCUGGACUCUCAACGGCGAUACUCGUGA